CAUUUCCCAGAGGGCCAUUCUUAGGGAGCCGGAAGUGCAGUGAGUUGACCUUGCAGCGAGGCAGAGCGCAGCACAGAAGCAGGCAGCAUGGCGAAUAAGGAGCCCAGUAGGUUUGUGCAGCAGCUCAGGGACAUGGCCAGCCGCAUGUCCUCGGGCUCCAGGGGAGCCGGCAUGGGCCUCAAGCUGCUGCUGGGAGCCGGGGCUCUGGCCUACGGGGUCAAAGAGGCCACAUACACAGUUGAAGGUGGGCAGAGAGCCAUCAUCUUCAACAGGAUCGGGGGGAUGCAGGACUCCGUGUUGGCUGAGGGGCUGCAUUUCAGGAUACCAUGGUUCCAGUACCCAAUCAUUUAUGAUAUCAGGGCGAAACCCCGGAAGAUCUCUUCCCUAACAGGAAGCAAAGAUCUGCAGAUGGUCAACAUUGCCCUGCGCGUCCUGUCCAGGCCUGUGGCCUCGAACCUCCCGGCUCUGUACCAGCAGCUGGGCAAGGACUACGACGAGCGCGUCCUGCCCUCCAUCGUCAACGAGGUUCUCAAGAGCGUGGUGGCCAAGUUCAACGCCUCGCAGCUCAUCACGCAGAGAGCACAGGUGUCCCUGCUGAUCCGGCGCGAGCUCUUCGAGAGGGCCAAGGACUUCAACAUCAUCCUGGACGACGUGGCCAUCACGGAGCUGAGCUUCAGCCGGGAGUACACCGCCGCCGUGGAGGCCAAGCAAGUGGCCCAGCAGGAGGCCCAGAGAGCCCAGUUCUACGUGGAGAAGGCCAAGCAGGAUCAGAGACAGAAGAUCAUCCAGGCUGAAGGAGAAGCUCAGGCUGCCAAAAUGCUGGGAGAGGCCGUGACCAAGAACCCCGGCUACCUGAAGUUGCGGAGGAUCCGAGCCGCUCAGAACAUCGCCAAGACGGUGGCAGCGUCGCAGAACAAGGUGUACCUGAGUGCGGACAACUUGGUGCUGAACCUACAGGAUGACUCCUUUAACAAUUUAUCGUUGGGCUCAGGGAAGAAGUAACCAGUUCAGAAACAUCAUGCAUUCCAUGCGUUAGUAUGAUACUUCCAUGAAGAACCAGUAAAUCUUUGUCGACUGCGGAAAAACUCACGUGUCUGUCCCUUUGUCACUCUACCAGCUCCUAGUUUUCUAGUGGGAGUUUUUUUUUCCCCGAUACGGUAAACGCAAAUUGGAAGAAUCCUCAUAUGCACAACAGGCUAUAUAUAUUUCUUCUGCUUUGUUCUUUCUGUUCAUCAUGACCCUAGUACACCGGAGAUAAGUCAAAUCAACCUCCAGUCCUUUUGCAAAGAGGAUUUGUGUAAGACUCAGCUUUUUGCUGAUGUGCAAAUUGUCCUGUAUCGUCAAGAGACCUUUUUUUUAAUAAAGUUUGGUAUCGUCAGCUAUUUCCUGCUUCAUGCCCACCCUGUUUUGCAGCUCAUGUUGUGCAUGUCUCGGCCGCAGCCCUGAGCGCUGUGGGGGGAGAGAGGAACUGCAGACAUGCCCCUCUCACACGCCCAUCUUUCAGAGACCCCCCUACAGCUGCCUUGCCGUUACUCGUCUCCGUCCAGGGUGCGCCCUGGUCUCUCUCGCUGACGUCGCAAUCCCAGCAUGCCUGCAGGUGCUGCUGUUGCUCCCAGAAAGCCCUGCCUGCCGAAGGCCUGCUCAGCCCCAGGUCUGUUCAGCCAAGAGCGUCUCCCCCCCCCAUGAGAGAUGCGCAGGGCUCGAACUGCAGUGCGAUCUGCAGACAAGCUUCACUCUGAAAACACACCACAGCCCAGCCCCAAGGAAGGAGCAGGGUUUUGCUUCAUCAUGGGGUUAGGCUGAACGUUUCAUACAGGAUGGUGACGGCUGUUUUCAUAGCUUCAUGUCAUCUUUCAUUUUUUUACAACUUGCAGUUUUGUUUCCUCUUAAUUAUGGAGCAGAGCUUUUUCACGGCAGUAGGUGCUCUUUUGAUACAGGCCUGUUGUCUGAGGCCAUUCAGAAACACAGUUGCUGAACUAAUUUAUAGCCAAGUGUGGUUUCAAAUGGACAGCACAAUAAAAAUGAUUUCAGAUUUUA